UGGCACUUCGUUAAAAAGAAAAAGAAAAAAAUCGGCUCGGAAAGAAUAGAUCGCCUCCAUUCCAGGCCAGGGUUUAGUAGAGAGAAGAGGAAUCUCUCACCAUCAUCACAAGGAUUUUAGUUCCUUCAUAUAGCAGAAGUCAAGAUGCAAGUUGUGCCUAGGGAGAGUGAAAGUGCUUUGUCUGUCUCUGGUCCAAGGCCAAUGGAGUGGUCUACUGUUCCAUAUACAGGGUCACAAGGACCUGGACAUAAUGGGAAGCAGCGUAGAUCAAGCUUGGAAUCACCUAUCAUGUUGCUUACUGGUCACCAGAGUGCUAUAUAUACUAUGAAGUUCAAUCCAGCUGGAAAUGUCAUUGCAUCGGGAUCUCAUGACAAGGAAAUUUUUCUGUGGUACAUGCAUGGGGAAUGCAAAAACUUCAUGGUUAUGAGAGGGCACAAAAAUGCAGUUUUAGAUCUUCAUUGGACUGCUGAUGGGUCCCAGAUUAUAUCAGCCAGUCCUGACAAAACUGUCAGGGCAUGGGAUGUUGAGACCGGAAAACAGAUAAAGAAAAUGGCAGAACACUCCUCUUUUGUGAAUUCGUGUUGCCCUUCCCGUAGGGGGCCUCCACUUGUUGUAAGUGGAUCUGAUGAUGGAACUUCAAAACUUUGGGAUUUGCGCCAGAAGGGUGCCAUCCAAACAUUUCCAGAUAAAUACCAAAUCACAGCUGUCAGUUUCUCUGAUGCAUCGGAUAAGAUAUUCACAGGUGGUAUAGAUAAUGAUGUUAAGGUAUGGGACAUCCGCAAGGGUGAAGUGACCAUGACACUUGAGGGCCAUCAAGAUAUGAUAACAGGUAUGCAGUUGAGUCCUGAUGGCUCAUAUCUGCUUACGAAUGGCAUGGACAACAAGCUUUGCAUUUGGGACAUGCGCCCCUAUGCACCACAAAAUCGUUGUGUAAAGAUUUUUGAAGGGCACCAACACAACUUUGAAAAGAACUUGUUAAAAUGUAGCUGGUCACCAGAUGGAAGCAAGGUCACUGCUGGUAGUGCAGAUCGCAUGGUUUACAUAUGGGACACAACUUCUCGACGCAUCUUGUAUAAGCUUCCUGGUCACACUGGAUCUGUCAAUGAGUGUGUCUUCCAUCCUACUGAGCCUAUCAUUGGAUCAUGCAGCAGUGACAAACAGAUUUAUCUUGGGGAAAUCUGAUCACUGCUUUGUCAGCCUGUCCAAAAUGAGUUGUUAGUAACAGGGAAGAUAUUUUGGGGCCUGCUUGUCAGUACCCAACUAAACGAUUGAAUAGGUUGUACUACUUCUGUAGCUUUUGAGCUUAAUUCAACCUAUGUGAUGUUGAUGUAUGUUUUACUGAUCUUUCUUAUAUCUUGCUGACUUGUUUGUAGUCCUUAUUACUUGCUGGCUAUCUUGUUCUACUGAAAUAUCUAUGAAUAUGCGCACAGUGAGUGUUUGUUGGAUAUGAAAUAAAGUUUUCGGACUUGUACU